CUUGUUUAGAGAAAUCGAAAUUGCUACACCGCAUAGAGAAAUCUGGAGAAGUCAAAACAAACAAAGUAAUCAUUAUAGUUGGAAUGGCUGCUGUGAACAAAACUUCGAAAACAACGGCAGUUAGAACAUGCAAGGAUUUCGCAUCAGCUUUCACAGAACGUGUACUAGAAAUUUUAAGAGGAUGUGAUGAAAUACGAUUGGUAUUUGAUCGCUAUAUAGAAAACUCCUUGAAAGCACGGACAAGAAAGCAUCCUACAUCUGGUAAUGAAGUUCGAUACAAAGUAUUAGACAACACCAAUAUUUCAGCAAUUAGUCUCAAGCAAUUUCUUUCCUACAUUGAUACAAAGCAAGCUUUAACCAUCUACCUGGCAAACAAAGUGAUGGAAGCUCGUUCAUCAUUGCAUAUUCGGUAUAUAGUGACUUAUGAUACUAAAAGGGAAUCAAAUUUUGUUGAUUGCAGAAUACACGACCACGAAGAAGCUGACACAGCAUAUAUAAUGCUAUGGAUGUUGCACAACAAUCUCGUUUCACCAGUUUCUACUGGUAAUUUACUGCUAUGAGAUGUUACCAAUGAAUACCAUUUUUAAAACAGGGCA